UUCUCAUAGUUUUUCUGAAAAUAUAGUCAAAAUGUUCAUAGAUUAUAUGCUUGUAGGUUUAGAGCUGAAUUCAGAAGACUUUCAAAGUGGAUUCUACCAUUGCCUUUCUGGGUAAUUUUCUUCUGCCACCAACCAGUACAGAAGAAGGAUUUCUUCUCCAAAGACUGUGCCAUCUUUUUUCAUAUCUUUCUUCUAUAAUAUCCUAGCAUAGAUCGUCUGUAGUUUUAAAAUUCAUAAAUUAUCUUAUUAAUGUGCUGGGGAGUCUUGGGAUAUGGACUCUAUACAGAGGAGUUCAAUUGUAAGGACGUAUUUUUGCCACCUGUUACCAAUCUAGAUCAACUUUAAAGAUUAUUACCCCUUCUUAUUUCACUCAAUACCAUUCAGUAAACAUUUAUUAAGCAUUUGCCUUAUACAAGGCAUUGUGGUAAGCUGUAACGCUAAUAAUAAUAAAUGUUACCUAAUAAGUGAUAAUGAUGACUUAUCUAUAGCACCUUGAGGUUCAUAAAGUUCUUCCCUCACAAUAACCUUAUGAGGGAAUACUUGGUAAUAUUUAUAUGCCUAUUUUACAGCUCAGUCAGCUAAGUGACUUGCCUUUUAACACACAUUUGACUCUUGAGUCAGUGAUUUUUCAGCCUUCAUCAUAUUGCACCUAUGAUAAAGACAGUUCUAAAGUUUUCUUUAAAAAAAAAAAAAAUUUCGGGUGACAGUCCUAAUACCAGAAGAUUUAGGAAAUAUCUAUCUCAAAGUCUAUACAAGUUCUCCUUGACAUAAAAUUAUUUUGGCUUCAAAUAAGAAAAAUGUAAUUUUUAAAAAUGGCUCUCAGAAUUUUAAGCUAAAAUGCAAAUGAAAUAUUUAUUUGGAAUAAUAGGAAUAUCUCAUUAGGGAACUAAGAUAAUCUUUCUGUGUUAGAUUCAAGGGCUUGAAGGCCUGUCUUGUUUUGUUUGGCCCUAGAAUACAGAUCCAGGAAGCAAUGAGGCUAAGUUGGAAUGAGGUAAAUUUAGGCUUGACCAGCAAACUUCCAAAUAAUUAGAGCCAUUUGAGCUGCUUUGAGAGGUGGCAGGUUAGAGAAAUGUUAACAUAUUGAAUUAUUAUUAUUUUUUUUAUUAUAGCUUUUUAUAUACAAAACAUAUUAAUGGGUAAUUUUUCAACAUUGACCCUUACAAAAACUUUUGUUUUUAACUAUUCCCCUCCUUGCCUUCAUCGCCUCCCUUAGAUGGCAAGUAGUCCCAUACAUGUUUAAUAUGUUAAAGUAUAUGUUAAAUACAAUAUAUGUAUACAUAUUUAUACAGUUAUCUUGUUGCACAUGAAAGAUCGAAUUUAGAAAAAAGGUAAAAAUAACCUAAGAAGAAAAAAACAAAAAUGCAAGCAACCAAUAACAGAAAGAGUGGAAAUGUUAUGUUGUGGUCCAUACUCAUUUCCCAGUAUUCUUUCUCUGGGUGUAGCUGGUUCUGUUCAUUACAGAUCAAUUGGAACUGAUUUAGAUCCUCUCAUUGUUGAAGAGGGCCAUGUCCAUCAGAAUUAAUCAUCACAUAGUAUUGUUGUUGAAGUGUAUAUUGAUCUGGUUCUGCUCAAUUCACUUAGCAUCAGUUCAUGUAACAUGUUGAAUUAUAAGAAGAAAUCCUAGAAACAAUAAAUAGUUAAAGAUAAUGAUGCCUUAAAGAACAAGAUUAUAAAUAAAUUAGAGGAACAUAGGAUAGUUUAUCUCUCAGACUUGUGGAGGAGAAAGAAAUUUGUGACCAAAGAUGAACUAGAGACCAUUACUGAUCACAAAAUAGAAAACUUUGAUUAUAUCAAAUUAAAAAGCCUUUGUACAAACAAAACUAAUGCAAACAAGAUUAGAAGGGAAGCAACAAAUUGGGAAAACAUCUUCACAGUUAAAGGUUCUGAUAAAGGCCUCAUUUCCAAAAUAUAUAGAGAACUGACUCUAAUUUAUAAGAAAUCAAGCCAUUCUCCAAUAGAUAAAUGAUCAAAGGAUAGGAACAGACAAUUUUCAGAUGAUGAAAUUGAAACUAUUACCACUCAUAUGAAAGAGUGUUCCAAAUCACUAUUGAUCAGAGAAAUGCAAAUUAAGACAACUCUGAGAUACCACUACACACCUGUCAGAUUGGCUAAGAUGACAGGAAAAAAUAAUGAUGAAUGUUGGAGGGGAUGCAGGAAAACUGGGACACUGAUGCAUUGUUGGUGGAGUUGUGAACGAAUCCAACCAUUCUGGAGAGCAAUCUGGAAUUAUGCCCAAAAAGUUAUCAAACUGUGCAUACCCUUUGAUCCAGCAGUGCUAUUACUGGGCUUAUACCCCAAAGAGAUACUAAAGAAGGGAAAGGGACUUGUAUGUGCCAAAAUGUUUGUGGCAGCCCUUUUGUAGUGGCUAGAAACUGGAAAUUGAAUGGAUGCCUAUCAAUUAGAGAAUGGCUGGGUAAAUUGUGGUAUAUGAAUGUUAUGGAAUAUUAUUGUUCUGUAAGAAAUAACCAGCAGGAUGAAUACAGAGCGGCUUGGAGAGACUUACAUGAACUGAUGCUAAGUGAAAUGAGCAGAACCAGGAGAUCAUUAUACACUUCAACAACGAUAUUGUAUGAGGAUGUAUUCUGAUAGAAGUGGAUUUCUUUGACAAAGAGACCUAACUGAGUUUCAAUUGAUAAAUGAUCGAUAGAAGCAGCUACAUCCAAAGAAAGAACACUGGGAAACAAAUGUGAACUAUUUGCAUUUUUGUUUUUCUUUCCGGGUUAUUUUUACCUUCUGAAUCCAAUUCUCCCUGUGCAACAAGAGAAUUGUUCGGUUCUGCAAACAUAUAUUGUAUCUAGGAUAUACUGCAACAUAUCUAACAAAUAUAGGACUGCUUGCCAUCUAGGAGAGGGGGUGGAGGGAGGGAGGGGAAAAAUUGGAACAGAAGCGAAUGCAAGGGAUAAUAUUGUAAAAAAAUUACCCUGGCAUGGAUUCUGUCAAUAUAAAGUUAUUAUUAAAUAAAAUAAAAUAUAAUAUAAAAAAAAAGAAAAAAAAUUAAAGAUAAUGAUGCCCAAAGACUCCAGCUUUUGGGAUAAGAAUUCAUUGUUUGACAAAACCUGCUGGGAAAAUUGGCAGUUUGGCAGAAACUAGGCAUUGACCCACACUUAACACCUUACACCAAGAUAAGGUCAAAAUGAGUUCAUAAAGAAUGAGAUUAUAAAUAAAUUAGAAGGACAUAGGAUAGUUUACCUCUCAUACCUGUGGAGGAGGAAGGAAUUUAUGACCAAAGAAGAACUAGAGAUCAUUAUUGAUCAUAGAAUAGAAAAUUUGGAUUAUAUCAAAUUGAAAAGUUUUUGUACAAACAAAACUAAUGCAGACAAGAUUAGAAGGGCAGCAAUAAACUGGGAAAACAUUUUUACAGUCAAAGGUUCUGAUAAAGGCCUCAUUUCCAAAAUAUAUAGAGAAUUGACUCUAAUUUAUAAGAAAUCAAGCCAUUGAUAAAUAGUCAAAGGAUAUAAACAGACAGUUCUCAAAGGACGAAAUUCAAACUAUUUCUAGUUAUAUGAAAAAAUGCUCCAAGUCAUUAUUAAUCAGAGAAAUGCAAAUUAAGACAACUUUGAGACACCACUACACAUCUGUCAGAUUGGCUAGAAUGACAGGGAAAGAUAAUGUGGAAUGUUGGAGGGGAUAUAGGAAAACUGGGACACUGAUACAUUGGUGGUGGAAUUGUGAAUACAUCCAGCCAUUCUGAAGAGCGAUUUGGAACUAUGCUCAAAAAGUUAUCAAACUGUGUAUAUCCUUUGAUCCAGCAGUGUUACUUCUGGGCUUAUAUUCCAAAGCGAUCUUAAAGAAGGGAAAGGGACCUGUAUGUGCAAGAAUGUUUGUGGCAGCCCUUUUUGUAGUGGCCAGAAACUGGAAACUGAGUGAUUUGGAGAAUAGCUGAAUAAAUUGUGGUAUGUGAAUAUUUUGGAAUGUUAUUGUUCUGUAAGCAAUGACAAGCAGUAUGAUUUCAGAAAGGCCUGGAGAGAUUUACAUGAACUGAUGCUGAGUGAAAUGAGCAGGACCAGAAGAUCAUUAUGUACUUCAACAACAAUACUAUAUGAUGAUCAAUUCUGAUGGAUGUAGUCCUCUUCAACAAUGAGAUGAACCAAAUCAGCUCCAAUAGAGCAGCAUUGAACUGAAUCAGCUACACCUAGCGAAAGAACUCUGGGAGAUGAUUAUGAACUACUACAUAGAAUUCCCAAUCCCUCUAUUUUUGUCCACCUGCAUUUUUGAUUUCCUUCACAGGAAAUGUGUGUAAUACAUAGUACACAAAUAUGUGUACACAAAUAGUGUACACUUAGUGUACACUAUUUCAAAGUCUGAUUCUUUUUGUACAGCAAAAUAACUGUUUGGACACGUAUCAUAUUUUGCAUUUAACAUAUGCUUUAGCAUAUUUAACAUGUGUUGGUCUACCUGCCAUCUAAGGGGGCGGCGGGGGGAGAAGGAGGGAAAAAAUUGGAACAAAAGGUUUUGUAACUGUCAAUGCUGAAAAAUUACCCAUGCAUCUAUCUUAUAAAUAAAAAGCUAUAAUAAUAAUAAUAAUAAAAAAAAGAUGACAACAGCAAAACCACAAAAUUUAAUGGAAUGCAGCUAAAGUAGUUGUUCAAGGAGCAUUUAUAUUUCAGAAACAUGUUAUUAGCAAAAUAAAUUUAGAGAAUGAAGUGAGCAUACAAUUAGAUUAGAAAAUAAUUUGGCAAUUCUGAAACAAAUAGAAAAGUAGCCAUCUUAAAACAGAAGAGAAAUAGAGAAACUUAAAAGUAUAGAACUCGGUGUUUAAGAUCUGGUAUUUUGAAAAGACUAAUAAAAUUGAUGAACCAGUUAUUAACCUUAUCAACAAUAAGAUUCGAAAAUCAAAUUACAAAAAAAGGCAUUAAACAAGUUCACAACAGAGAAGAAAUAAACUUAUCAGAAAUUACCAUAUGUAAUUAUAUGCCAGCAAAACUGAAAAUUCAAAAGAAAUUGAUAAAUACAUAUCUACAAAUAUAUAAUACCCAAACUAAUAAAACAACAGAAAGAGAGCUUAACAUCAUGUUGGGGAGGGGGGGAAAUCACACAUAUAGAAUUCCAGAACCAUAAAGUUAGGGAUCCCACAAAAUCAUAAUAUUAAAGACUUUCUAGCAGGCUUUAGUUCUUCAUUUUGUUUUACAGAUGAAAAAGCAGAUACAAAAUUGGCAAGGUUACUCCCUCAAGGUCACUGAAAUGUAGCUAAGUGGAAUUUAAAGAUUACGUCCCCUGACCUUACAUCAAAUCCAGCGCACUUUCUCAUGUGUCUAGCCACCUCCUCGUUCUUUACUAUUUGUUUCUACUUCUGAUGAGUUGUUUCUCAUUCCUGUCUGACACUUUCUGAUCUAUUGUUUAGUUAUAGUUGAUCAUAAUUAAAAUGCACCACAUUUUAUUUGUCCAUAGAAAAUUAUAAUUCAGUACAUUUCAAACUCAGUACAAAUUAUAUGGGAUAUUGUGAUUCUUCAUUAAAUAUACCUUUGAAAGCCAUAUUUUGAUGAAGUCAGAUAAGUGGUGAAAACAAUAUCUAAACACUAGCAUUGAGUUGAGAGAACUUUAUUCUCUCUAUUUUGUGUUAAUUAUUUUAUUCCCAUUAUCUGUUGUUUCAAAUACAAAACAUAAACUUUGACUUAAAGAAGUAUUCUCCCUUAUUUGUUUAGUGUUCCAAAGUCAAUUCUUUUAUUAAGGGGACUGCAGGAGGCAAUCAGGUCUGAAGUCAGAUUUGAAUUCAGAUCCUCUUGACUCCAGGGCUGGUAUUGAAUCAAUUCUUUGGAAGGAAAAGAACUGCAGUAUUUUUCUGUUAUGCAAAACUUAGUAUGUUUGUGUACAUUUUUUAAGUAUUCACACUAGCAUUUUUGGAAAUGGUUCUUAUUAAUUUCAGUUUCAGAUUUAGUAGUUUUAAAUUGUUAUCCUGUUAAUUUCCUAUUUUGGGCCUAGAACUUGGAAAACUUUAGUAGUUGCAAAUUUCUAAAAAUAUUAUAAGGCAGUCUUUGUAUUUGAUUUUUGUUAACAGAUUGACUCUAAAUAGAAAAAAAAUAGCACAGAAAUGGUUAAAAUUUGAACAGAAACUACUCAUUGUUCUGUAACCUUCUUAACUUUUUUUUCCUUUUGCAGGAAAUGACCUAAAGGCCUUACCAAUACAUUUGUGCAUUCUUGCCUCAGACCUAACAAUUAAGCAUAAACUCAAUCUGGAAACAACACUUAUUAAUGUUACAAAGGAAACAACUACCUCAGAAAACAGAAGGAAAGGAAGAGGCAGCUGAGCAACUUGAAAUAACAAACACUCCCAAUUUUUAAUAACUUGAUUUAAGAAAAAAGAAGACAUUUUAUUUUUUUUCCUGCAGCGUUAAGAAGAAACACUACAGGUAAAUGGAUUUGGCAGACAGGCUCUGUCAAAAUUAUGCAGAGAGCUGAUCUGUCAAAGGACUUAGUUUAAAAUAAAGAUUCUCUGCACAGCUUUUAUAGUCGCUGUUGAUCAGUGUGUGGGUUUUUGUUUCUUUUUGCUUUAUUUUUCUGAUACGUUAAUGGAAAACAUUAAGAUACUGCAUUUUAAAAAUUAAGGUUAUUUUCUGCCAGUAUAAAAAGUAUCAAGUGGCAAAAUAUUCUGGCAAAAUAAUUAUAAGUAAAAGAUUUUCUUUGUUUGAAAAUUGCAUCCUCUUAUGGAGAGAGUAGAAUACUAAACAGGAAAGACUUUUAGUUUUCAUUUUUGUGAAUUGUUUCUGCAGCAGGGCUGCAUUGGAAACAUUGACACCGCAAACCUGCCACUCUACUUGUUGCUGAGAUACACUGUGGAGAUAUCUGCCUAUUGGAAAUGCCUUUUAUGGAACUUUUGUUUGCAGUUCUCUAUUGUUAUUAUACAUAACUACAAUUCUCAAGGAAGAGAAUUGAAAAACUGAUUAAUUCAAGAACUUUUGGACAAUUUCUUACUUAUGUAUUGUUGUAGUGCCCAGGAAAGUAAAAUGGACUACAAGCGACGCUUUUUGCUUGGCGGGUCCAAGCAGAAAGUGCAGCAACACCAGCAGUAUCCAAUGCCUGAGCUAGGGAGGACCCUGAGUGCCCCCCUGGCAACAGCUGCCUCAGCAUCCCCUUUGGUCUCUGCAGCUGCUGCAAAUAGCUGCAACCAUGCUGUAGCCCACACUACUCCAAUUGCAGACAUCCAGCAGGGAAUCUCCAAAUAUCUGGAUGCACUCAAUGUGUUUUGCCGUGCAAGUACUUUUCUUACAGACCUUUUCAGCAAUGUAUUUAGGAACUCUCCCUAUUCAAAGGCAGCUAUGCAACUGAAGGAUGUGCAGGAGCAUGUCAUGGAAGCAGCCAGUAGACUGACAGCAGCAAUAAAACCAGAAAUAGCAAAAAUGCUGAUGGAAUUGAGCUCUGGAGCUGCUAACUUUAAAGAUCAAAAGGAAUUCAGUCUCCAAGAUAUUGAGGUACUAGGGCGAUGUUUCUUGACAGUGAUGCAAGUUCAUUUCCAGUUUUUGUCCCAAGCAUUACAGAAGGUGCAGCCAGUGGCUCAUUCCUGCUUUGCUGAAACAGUAGUACAAGAAAGAAAGAAUGUUAGUGGCAAUGGGAAAGCUUGCUUAAGUCCUACAACUGAAUUAGAAGAUGCAUUAAGAUCUUGGAGAGGGGCUGCUGAGGCAACAUCUAGACUGAGAGAGAGAGGCUGUGAUGGCUGCUUGGCUGGAAUUGAAGUUCAACAGCUCUUCUGUUCACAGAGUGUGGCAAUUCCUGAACACCAGCUUAAAGAAUUGAACAUGAAAAUUGAUAGUGCUUUGCAAGCAUAUAAAAUAGCUCUGGAGAGUUUAGGCCACUGUGAAUAUGCAAUGAAAGCUGGCUUCCACUUGAAUCCAAAAGCAAUUGAAGCAAGUUUGCAGGGCUGCUGCAGUGAAGCUGAAGCCCAGCAGACAGGGCGAAGACAAACUCCACCACAGCCAAUCCAGUGUGAGCUCCCAACAGUCCCUGUCCAGAUAGGAUCACACUUUUUGAGAGGGAUAUCUUUUAAUGAAUCUGCAGCUGACAACCUGAAAUUAAAAACGCACACAAUGUUACAACUGAUUAAAGAAGCAGGCUGUCAUAAUGGAAUUACAGCAAGGGAUGAUUCUCCUGUAACUGAAGUGUUGAACCAGGUUUGCCCUUCUACUUGGCGAGGUGCCUGUAAGACCGCUGUACAGUUACUUUUUGGCCAGGCUGGACUGGUGGUGGUUGAUACAGCACAAAUUGAAAAUAAAGAAGCCUAUGCUCCCCAGAUUAGUUUAGAAGGUUCCAGAAUUGUGGUUCAAGUCCCAUCAACAUGGUGCCUGAAGGAAGACCCUGCAACCAUGUCUUUGCUUCAGAGAAGUCUUGAUCCAGAGAAGACUUUGGGCUUAGUAGAUGUACUUUAUACAGCUGUGUGGGACUUAAAUCGAUGGAAGGAAGGAAGGGAACAAGCUUUGCCUUCUAUUCAGAUUCAGCUUCAGCGUGAGAUCUCUGACUUUGGUAGUCAAGUUGAUAUGCCUCCUGGAAAUGGAAAUAAGUCAUCAGGAGGUUUACAAAAGACAUUCUCAAAACUGACUUCACGGUUUACAAAGAAAACUUCAUGUGCCAGUUCCAGCAACAAUGCAAGUUAUUCUAUCCCAAAUACCCCUUCCAAAAAUGUUUUCAUAUCUGGAAGUUCUGAAGACAAAACUAAAAUAUCUAAUAAUAUUGAUACAAGAUUGCAAAGCAUUUUGAACAUUGGUAAUUUUCCAAGGACUGCAGACCCAUCAUCUCAAAGUGCCAGUAAUCACAUGGUUAAUGGCUUUCUAAUUGAACAUAGGGAAAAUUUCUUCAAAGGGGAUGAUGGUAAUGAUGACAAAGGUAUGAAUCUCCCGAGUGAUCAGGAAAUGCAGGAAGUUAUCGAUUUUCUGUCUGGUUUCAAUAUGGGCAAAUCCCAACAGGCUUCCCCAAUGGUGAAAAGGCGUAAUUCUGUUGCAUCUACCCCAGCAACUGAGACAAAAUCAGGGACACUACAGCCUCCGCAGCUAUCGUCCCAAUCAGUGGCACAUGUAACUUUGCAUCCUUCUCAGCGAGGGUUAGCACAGCAACAGCCACCAUCCCCUAAACAGCAGCAGCCACAGAUGCAAUAUUACCAACAUCUGCUCCAGCCUCUAGGGCCACAGCAACCACAGCCACAGGCACGGACACCUGGAAAGUGGCUUAGUAGCUCUUCCCAACAGCCCACCCAGGCCAUUGGAAGUGGAUUGUCUCUUGGCCAGUGGAAUAGCCCUGGCCUUUCAGAUCUGAGUCCUGAUUUAUAUAGCUUGGGUCUUGUGAGCAGCUACAUGGACAAUAUGGUGUCUGAGGUGUUAGGACAAAAGCCACAAGGACCUAGAAAUAACACAUGGCCAAAUCGUGACCAAAGUGAGGGAGUCUUUGGGAUGCUGGGAGAAAUUCUGCCUUUUGAUCCUGCAGUUGGCUCAGACCCAGAGUUUGCCCGGUAUGUAGCUGGAGUAAGCCAGGCUUUGCAGCAGAAACGGCAAGCCCAGCAUGUUCGUCGCCCGGGCAACGCACGGAACAACUGGCCUCUUCUGGAUGAUGCCCAUCGUACCUGGCCAUUUCCUGAGUAUUUCACAGAAGGUGACAUGAUAAAUAAUAGCUGGUCAGGCACCCAGGGAGACUCUGCCAGCUCAAGUGAUGAGACAUCCUCUGCUAAUGGUGACAGUUUAUUUUCCAUGUUUUCGGGGCCAGAUCUUGUUGCUGCUGUUAAGCAGAGAAGGAAACACAGUAGUGGUGAACGAGAGACUACCACUCUACCAUCACCACCUCUUCUUUCCACAGUGGAUGACCUAAAUCAGCAGGAUAAUAAAACCAAAACGUGGCCUCCAAAGGCCCCCUGGCAGCAUCCUUCACCUCUAACCAACACACUGCCCAGUCAGAGCCCAUCUUUGUAUCAUAUUACCAAUCCUGUCAGCCAGUGGAAUGACACAAUGCAGAUUUUACAGUCACCGGUUUGGUCGACAGCUGGUGAUUGUGCUCCAUCAACAGGAAUUUCCUCUACGUUUGCCUAUGGGCAGCAAGCCCAGGCCCAGGUGCAGGCGCAGGCGCAACAGGCAGCAGCCCAGCACAAACCCAUGAACAAGGGCUUUAAGUCUUUUCCAGUGAAGCAAGAGCGCAGACCAUCCUACCUACAUCAGUACUAAUGGCUGACACAUCAGAAGGAUACUGGUUGUCUCAUCAGCGGUGACGGGUUGCCAUAAGUGGCCUUCACAGUUCUGUGAGAAGAUGAAGAUAUUUUGUGGACAUUCCGUUUGAUAAGAUAUAUCAUUAUGCCUGGUUACUUCUACAAAGGAGGAUCCCAUUAAAAUUGACAGAGAUAGGCUCAGCUGUUGAGCAAAUGAGGCCACUAUUUUUGUUAGGCACACAAUCCAGUUCAGACUAUAACAGAGAAAAGCUUUGAAAAUGUGUAUAUUACCUUUACUUUCUAAAUCUUUUUUUAAAAAUAUUGCUAAAAAAUACUACCAUACCAAACACUAUUUUAUAGCUAUUUUUUCAUAUAGAUUUAUAGUUAAAACAUUUCUUGCCUAAAAUGCAUUUACUAUUUUAAAAUAACAAAUGUAGUGGUCGGAGUUUUGCUCAACAUUGUCCUUACUUAAGUUUAUAUAUAAAAUGAGUAAAUAAUAAAACCUUUGUACCCCAAGGUGAGCAAGUUAGGCCCUGUGGGUUUUCUGUGGGAGUGACAACCAGCAUUUUUCAAAGUAUAUCCUUGGAGAUAGGUAGUUUGAGCUCUGUUUAAAAAGCAUCGUCAAUCUGAAGAUUGCAGUAUUGUCCUACCAAAAGAUCAUCUAGAACCUCUAAAUAAGAUUCACAAAUGGAAGUAGUUACCUACAUAAGGUCAACAUGUUUUCAUUUGGUAGAUGGAAAGUUGAUUUGAUUCACAGUUGGAUACUUUUCCAUUUAGCCAAAGGCCUAGGCCUUGUCAACUUUGUCUUCCUUUAACACGACAAACUAAAGCAGUUAAAAAGACAACUUCACUGUUUAAUUAAGUCUUUUUUCAGAUACUAUAUUUACAGUAAUAUUUGUGAGCUGGCUCAGAAAAAAAACAACAUUGAAAUUUGGGGAGGAAUUAAUUAAAGACAGUGCUACUUUUGAAGUAAAAGAAAAAGGAGAGCUCUGUCCAGUUAAUAUGUGCCAUUAAAUAGAUAUUACCUGUGGAAUUAGAAAUAUUUUCCAACCAAAGUGGAUUUAGAAGAGUUGAAUGGUGCUUACAUUGAGAAACAAUGAUAAAUAUAUGUAUAGUUACCCAUUGUACAUUAAUUGAGGUUACAGAAGAUUCUUUAUAUAAAGCUUAUUUAAAUUUUCAUAUUUCAUUUUUCAAAGAGUCUAACUGAUUAAAAUCCACAAUAUUUUCUGGUAUGAAAGUUUUGACAGUAUUAAUCUUAUUUUUAUAUUUUCUUAAAUCAUUAUACCAUUCUAAUAUGUGUUAACUACCAGUAAAUGGGAUAUAAGUUUUAAUGCCAUAUAAACUUUUUUCAGCAAAAAUAGUAAUAGCAUUUAUGUUCUCAUUUUUAUAGACAUAAAUGAAUCUUAUAUUUAAAGAUACCAAAAAGGGAUAUACAAAACACUAAUAUAGAGUUAUUCAGGGUGUCUUAGCCCAACCUCCACCUUUUGUGUUGUAUGAUGCUGGGUCAAAGUUUUGACCCCAGAAUGUGAUUUUGUGUGUUGUUCGAAGAUGCCAAUGUUGCCUGUAUUUAUGAUAUUGUCACCAUGUUUUCUGAAAAUUCACACUCACCAUGUUUACAGAGAAUUGUUUGCUGUACAUAGACUUUUUACAGGAAUGUGCUUCGCACAGUCAUUGUGUGGCUUUUGUCUGUGUAAAUUGUCACGGUGUCUGCAUUCGUUUUACUUUGGAUGUUCUCCUGCUGCAAUUGUUUGUGACUGUUUUGCUUGAUAGAUGAUGUUUGGUUUCCGAAAGUAACAUGUCCACAGUGCCCUGAAUCCAAAGUUCUAUUACACUGAAAUACCAUGAUUCAUCAAUGUCUGCCCAAAGGUCUCUUUCCCGGACAGGUAAUUCUUUCUGCUCUGACUUACUGCUCAGCAUAGGUGCCAUCCCUAUUUCCUUUUUCCAAUUUAUUUGUGCUUUGAAUUAAGGCAUUUUUUUUUACCUGGAAUCAGAGUGAGCUGUGGAGAUUGUUAAAUGAAACCAUUGGUGUGUCUCUGCAUGGGUGCUAUGUCCCUGGAGUCUGAGUGAGCUGUGCAGGCUGUGUGAGGUGAAGCUGUUUGUGUGUGUCUCUGCAUCGGUGCUAUAUCCCCAGCUUCCAGUCCUUCUGAGCCCUGGUGCUUCCAGGUGAUGUUUGUGGCAGACAAGCCCUGCUACAAAGGGGCUUGUCAUCUACUGCUGAGUACAAAGGCUCGGUGCUUUCUGAUGUCACGUUAACCUGCCCUUACUGCAGUGCUUCAUGUGAAUCGUUCAGUGCUUCUGAACUGGAACUGUAUAUUUUGUAUUUUACUUCUAAUGCUCCUGUAAGUAAAAUAACUAUUUGCUUUAUUAAAGAUAUACAUUUAAUAAUA